UUCAAGAUGGCGGCCACGGCAAGGUCAUUGGCAUGUGUUCUACUGUGCGCCCUGUGCAUGCUGGGACUGUCCGAUGGUGCCGAUUUGAUCAGUGGUGACACUGUCCUGGUGUACGAGUGGACAUUCAUAGAUUAUGACUGGCCGAGCGACGAUGCCCGACAGCUCGCACUGGAUGACGGGUCCUUCGCCCCGAUAAACAACAGCAUCAACGGCAUCAAGACGUACGGCGGAGUGGUGUACCUUACGGUCCCGCGGUGGAGGGCGGGCGUGCCGGCCACUCUGACGUCCGUUGUGAUGAAGGGCGGGCGGCCCGUGCUGCGCCCUUUCCCCAGCUGGGAGUGGCAGGUGGUCGGGAACUGCUCCACCAUCCAGUACGUGCAGAGUAUGGAAAUCGACCGAUUGGGACGCAUGUGGAUCAUCGACAACGGUCGGUUGGCCGUCUUCGACCCGAACCUUCCUCAAGUCUGUGCCCCGAAAAUUCUCGUCUACGACAUCAAGAAGGCAGAGAUGGUCCGAGUGCACACAUUCCCGAAUGACGUGGCUUCCAACAGUACCGCCUUCCUGAACGACAUUGUGAUUGACGCUUCUGCAGACGACACAGACGGGUGGUUUGCGUACAUUUCCGACUCGAGCCGGGCGGGAGGAAUCGUGGUGUACGAUUACAAGCAGGACAAGUCGCACAGAGUUACCCAUCCCAGUAUGACCGCGGCCACGGACGGGAGGCGAAUGACAAUCAACGGCCGAAACUACACCUUCCCUCCGGUACCUGUCAACGGCGUGGCGCUGUCUCCUAUAGGGAAAAACAUGAAGCUGUACUACUGCGCACUGGCCGGCUACAAUCUCUACACGCUGCCGACAAGCCUUCUGAAACAACCCACGGUGGCCGAUGUUGGAACCAGCGUGAAAGAACUAGGUCGCAAGGCGUCCCAAAGCGACGGCAUCGCCAUUUCCAACAAAGGCACGCUGUACUACGGCGCACUGCAGCUCAACGCCGUGUACAGGUGGGAUACGUCAUCACAAGAUGUGUCUUCGUCAUCACCCCUCCUUAUCAGUGACGUCAGGAUGCAAUGGCCGAAUGCCUUCGCCUUUGACGACGAAGGUUACCUGUGGUUCGUGUCCAACAAACUGCAACAGUAUCUGUUCAAUGAGUUGAACAUCACUGGCCCCGAGUCCAACUUCCGUGUGUGGAAGAUCUACGUUGGGGAGAAGUCAUACAUGUACAAAGGGUCGGGUGCGAGCGGUUUGCGGUUUGGAUGGGGAAUGUUGGUGGCAGUUGUUUCGGUCCUGUAUGCAAUUAUGAGUUACAUUUGA